AUGGCCACAACAACAUCGACGAUGGUUUCCAGUAGCACUGGCAUGAUCCAUGCCACAUGUUCUGGCACUCGUAUUAAAAACAGUUUUUCCAUCGAACACCUUUUAUCGAAGCCGGAUCGCGCGAAUACGUCCUCCUUCUACGGAACAUCCAACAUACACCCUCAGGAGUCUUUCACACCCUCUAGCCAUGGUACCAGCAAUUACCAAAAGAUGGUUUAUCAAACCGAUGUAGUACCUGCUCCUAUGACAGCAGCUCCGGGGUACUUCGAGCAAAGUGUGGAAAAGGGAGUAAAUACAUUUGUCGAUCGAGAUUCGGUUGAUCGAAUGGAAAGUUCUUCACCAGAGUCGAUCUGUAAUGAGGAUAUGAUGGAUAAUUGUUCGGAGGUGGCCUCUGAAGGCAGUACCGGAGGUGAGUUAAGGUUUAAAGGACUUACUACAAACGACGAUCGGAAGAAACGACCUCGAACUGCGUUCUCAGCGGCCCAAAUUAAAGCGUUAGAAACGGAGUUUGAACGCGGGAAGUAUCUCUCCGUUGCGAAGCGAACCGCCUUGGCCAAACAGCUGCACUUGACCGAGACGCAGAUAAAAAUCUGGUUCCAGAACCGACGCACCAAAUGGAAGCGUAAAUACACGGCGGACGUGGAGUCUCUUGCCUCGCACUACUACUCUCAGCUCGGGAUCGGCAGCUUCGCCCGGCCAAUGGUGGUAGGUGACCGACUCUGGCUAUUCAGCCAGACACCAAACGGUCCAACACCAGUCCAAUCGCUUCUGCUCAAUGGACCACCUCCAGCACCCGGUGGGCUUUCAGGACACCAACAGCUCACCAUCGGGCAGCAACAGUCUGCCGCACUACGGUCAUAUCCAGGUUCCGUACCCGGAAGUAACUUCCCAACCCGCUCAACAAUGGCCCCGGCUGGCUAUAUGCACACGCUAUCGGCUCCGCGCCACCCAGGGUUCCUUCAUAAACUGUCGCCUUCGUCACCACCGGCGCGGAUGCCGACAGCACUCGGUUUACGACCACUGUUAUCCGCACCCACCAGCGAUACGUUUAUCGAUGGAGGUUACUACGGGCCCACAAGUCUUCCGGCAGGACCAAAGUUUAACCCAACAGAACUCAUCAACGGAGGACUCCUAACGGCGGAUGGUAACGGUUCCGGAAUUGCUGAUCUCGAGCGUGCCUUUGGCAAUCCGAGUGACAUGAUAGACGGUCUAGCUGGGGUCGGUGGUGAUUCUUCUACCGAAUCUGGCCCUCGAUCGACCGGAAAGCGUUGUAUAGACUCGAUCAACAACAACAACCAAUGUUGCGAUAAGAAUGACUUACCGCGUACUGAAGACAGUGAUUCGUCCAGUGAUAUUGACUGUGAAGAAAUCGAAGACGACACCCAAAUGGUGUAG